CGGAAAUUGAGGCGUCCUUCUCCAUUAUCAGCAACAAUUAGAACCAAUUCAUGCUACAUAUGUACCGUACAGUUGGAUGCGAUAGCGAAAGACUGCAAAUCAUGCAACGGUUCGGCCGAACCCCAACUCUACCAGAUCUCCAGCCACAUAGAGCACAAAUCACCCAACCCAACCAAGAAUACUAGUAGGAAACAUAGACAUAGAACAAUGCACCUAAACAGCGUUCAUCAACUACCAGCACCAUCCACAGCACCUCACGAACACAUCCUAAAACGAUACCCACCACCACCGAACCUAGGCAAACCCUCCAGCCUAGGCACACACAACCCGGCCGAAACUGCCGCUCACCCCAACCGAGUAAACCCAUCCCAUCCCAUCCAAUCCCCACUACAACGUCGUCAACGGUACGGUACACCGUAAGUAAAUAGGUAUACCACCACUGCUUUAAGAAGGCCCCAUAACACCCAGCCAGCCAGCCAGCCAGCCCUACAGACCAUAAACCCAGGAAAUGACAUCAUCCCACCCAUCCCGCCUCAUCCGACACGCUCAUCCCGAGACGUAAAGCCGAGCACACGAGAGCGUGACAUAUGUACCAGACCCGAUAGAGAGACCGAAGAUUCCACGGCACUCCAGUUCUACAAUGCCAGAAUCAUCCAAUCUCGAAAAAACCAGGGUAAAAAUCGUAGAUAUAUAUAGACCC